CCCUCCCCUCACACACACACACACACACACACACACUCUGACUGGGCUCUAAGAUGGCGGGGACACAGCCUCCAGCAGCACCGUUACUGCUCGCGACGCUGCUUCUGUUACCCGGUACCUUGGCUGGGCCAAUUGUUGUUGAUCAGAAAGUAUCUGCAAUUUUGGGCAAGAAUGUCACCUUAAAGUGUCUAGUUACGGUGACAGAAACUGUAACUCAGAUCUCCUGGGAGAAGCAAGAUCAUGGGACCUCGGAUACAGUCGCAGUCUAUCAUCCACACUUUGGAGUCUCAAUUCAAGGGAACUAUGUAGGAAGAGCUGAUUUCAUAAGACCAUCUUUAAAAGAUGCAACAAUUCUUAUCAAAAAAGUUGAGUUUUCGGAUUCUGGAAACUACAUUUGCAAGGUGGUCACUUUUCCAUUGGGAAAUUACCAAGAGACGAGCACUGUGACUGUGAUUGUGGAACCCACAAUAACUGUGGGAGGUGGCCCUGAACCACUUGUAGACGGUGCCAAUGAGACAGUUGCAGCAAUAUGCAUAGCAGCCAAUGGAAAGCCUGCAGCAAGUGUUUUUUGGGAAACUGACCUCAUUGGAGAAAAGGAGCAGACAAAGAUUUCUGCCCCAAAUGAAACUGUGACUGUUGUAAAUCGAUUCAAGAUUGUUCCGUCCCGAUUUGUGAGGAAGAGACCAAUCACCUGCAUAGUGAUGCAUCCUUCAUUUAAUACUAGUAUUCGAGUCCCAUAUGUCUUGGAUGUACAAUAUGCACCUGAAGUUACUGUACUGGGAUAUGAUGGAAACUGGUUUGUUGGUCGACAAAAUGUGCAACUCAAGUGUAAAGCUGAUGCAAACCCAUCACCUUCUGCAUAUAUAUGGACCAGAUUGGAGAGGCCUUUACCAGAGAAUUUACAGAUUGCAAACGAUACUUUAACUUUCAACAGACCACUCAACUACAAUGAUUCUGGUAUCUAUAUCUGUGAUGUAGUAAAUAUUCAUGGACGAAGAAAAAAUCAAAAGAUUGUUCAAAUAAGAGAUCCACCCACUACUGCCUUGUUAUCAACAACCCCACCACCAAUCCAUUCAACAGCGGGAAUCACAAGUUUACCUGGUUUUACCCGAAGAUUCCCAAUUCCUCAGUCAACCUUGGAAUCUCUGAAGAGUGACGGUUUAGGAACCAUCAUCGGCGGUGUGGUUGGUGGCACCCUUUUUCUUAUGCUUGUGGUUAUCAUCAUUGUAAUGUUCUACUUGAGACGCCGGCGUACCUUCCGUGGAGACUACUACACAAAGCAGUAUGCUGGGACUACAGACAUACAGAAGGACUCUCAGAUGGAUGUUUUACAAUCAAAUAGAAUUGAGCCAUACACUGAUUAUGAGAAAAGUGAACGAAAGCUCGAACCAAAUAACAUAUUCCAAGAUUAUCCCAUAGAGGUGCAGAAAACUAAAUGGCGAAGUGCAGACAAUAUAAAUAACAGAUACACUGAAGGAGUCGAGUUACCUGUCGACUAUUAUGAAGAUCGCAAAAUUUCCAAUGCACCUCCAUAUUUGCAUGAUGACUAUUAUGAUGAAAAUGAAGAUGAUCUCAUUUCACACCUAGAUGGUUCAAUCAUUUCUCGCCGGGAGUGGUAUGUCUAGUGGUUAUUGAUAAAUGUUCAUAAGGUGGUAGAGGGACUUCAGUUCAGCUCAGAAAUCUAGGUUUCCAUCUCUUGAUUUGUUUUUUUCCACAAUACUUGGAUAUAUGUGUGCUUGUUUCCCAAAAAGAACAAAAUGUGCUUUCCAUAAUGAAAAUAGAAAUAUGGUUUUGUGACCCAUUUGCAGCCAGCAUGAAAUGAAAUCCAAACUACAAAAGUUAUUUGGACAGUAGUAAUUGUUCACAAUUUUAAGGAUGAACUUUGUAAUAUUCCUGUAAUUGUUUCACCAGGCAGUUUCUGAGUAGGGUAAAUAAGCUGUCACUGACUGAUCAAUUACUGAUUUUUUUUUCAUCCACUCCUUCCAUAGAGUUUCCUGAAAACCUGACCAUUUCUUGCUUUAUUUGUUUGUUUUUACAUGAAUGUAUGCCCCAUAACAGAUUUCACUCGUUUGGAGUUGGUUGAAGAAGAAACUGCUUCGGUACUGUUAAAACAUUGCAGAAGUUGAGUUCUGGCCAAUUUGUUCACUUAAAGUUAAAUGUUUACAUUCUCCUUCAUAAUUUGUCUGAAAAAUAUAGUUUCCUUGUCUGCACACUGAAGAACACUUCUAAAUAUGUCUGGGGGAGAAAAUGGGAUGUAGAGAAACUUUGUUAGGCUCGUGCAAUUUUUUUUUCUCAUUGUGCAUGAAUUCUAAACUAAGUUUGUAGCUAACCAAAACCUUAACUACAUUUGAAACCAAAUGCAAUCCUAAGUUGGAUUCAAAACAAACUAUUUCCUACUGACAUUGUACUGGGCUAUAUUUUAGACCUUUCAAAUAAUGCAUUUUUUUAAAAAGUGUUAAGUCAUGACACAGCUGAGGUGAAAAUCUGCAAUGCCAUGUUCUGAAAUUUAAAUUGAGACUAUGGAUAAUUUACUAUUUUUUUCACAAUCAUUGUGAGAAUAUUUAUCAUUCAAAAUUAAAUCCAAGCAUUGUAGUUUCAAUAUCUUCAAUGAACAGUCCUAAAUUUUCCCUUUUCAAUGGAAAGCACUUUAGUUCUGAAAAGCUAAAGUGCUGUGAUUAUCACUUCUUCAUAAUUCUACACUGAGAUUGUUUUCUCACCUGCAUGUGUGAAUACAGAACCGCACAUCUUGUGAAAUAUAUUGUGGAUAAGGUGCACAUAAAAAGCUGGUGAAGACUCCAAUGGAGCAAAAUUAAUGCUCUGAGUUUUUGUGUUGAUGUGUGUAUAUAUAUAUAUAUGCAAAAGAGAUUUACUGUACAGUACAUUUUGUACUUUAUCUGUUUUAUAAAGUUAGUGCAAUGUUGAUUUGAUGUGCUGUUUGCUAAAUAUACAUUUUGCUGGAAAAAAAACUUAAAUGGCCUCAUUUUAACUUGAUUGUUUUGCAAAUUCCAACACUGAAAUGUCACAGGCUAUUGUUAAAUCUAUUCUUAUUUACCACUGGGAUUUUCUCUUAACAUGGUAAAUCUCAGUGUGCUAUUUAUUUGCCGUCUUUUUUAAUAGACACUUUUUUUUUCUUGAAACAAACUCAAGGUAAAUGAAAAUGUCAAACCAUGUUCACUUGUCAAGAACUCCAGUGUCAUUUCUAAUACAUGGGAAUUUAAUAAAUGAAGUCUGUUUCUGUUGUGAUGAAUAUUGAUUUGUUAUAAAGCAAAUUCUUAACUAGAAUUUGCAAUGUCAUUAUUACCAUUUACUUUAGUAGACAAAAGCAUGAAAUGAAGAACCAUAAUUCAGGCUGUAAUCUACUAGUAGUUGCAUAUCUUAAUUACAUGCUUCUAGUUUAAUUAUUGUUACAUUCUUAUAUUAAAAAGGGAAAAUCUUGAUUGUGAAAGGGAUUACUAACCAAGGAUAAAUGGGAAGAGCGAAGUCUACAGGGGUUGGACUUGUUAUUAUGCACAAUAUGUUGAUAUACAAAAUAACACACUUUUGGCUUUUCUCUGCUUUCCUUUAUCAAUAGAACUUGAAGAACCAGUGAUAAUUUAGGUAUAUCACUGGUGAGAAGUUCUGCUGAACUUGCCCUGUUUUGAACUCCUGCUUCUCUAACUAAAAGCAGUAAAGCUUUUUCCACCUGAAUCAAGUGGGUUGGCAUGAUGAAUGGCUCAUUGUGUUAACUCAGUUCUUUGAGUAUCAAAUGUUCAAGACACUCAGUUAUGUUUUGUUAUACUAUGGCAUUUCCCUCUUGAUUUGACAUUGUAUUUUGGUGAUAAUAUCAGGUAUCAGUAGCAGUAUUAGUAAGUUUGGGUUUAUAUUGAGACUACUGUAUUUUUAUAUGCCUAAAAUGCAUUUUAAUGAAAUUGGAAGCAAAUAAUAUAUUCACAAUUUCUAUGCUUUGUUGAACCCAAAUGGCAUAUUCCUAGAUAGUAAUCUCUCAUCUUCUCUGACAUUGUAGAAGAAGCAAAAGCUUUCCUCCUGUGGCAUGAAAAACUUUGAUAAGAUGAAAGCAAGGCCAGUGAAACUGUAGGACAUUCCUGUUAGUUACAGCCAGAGUUUUAUACAGAAUGAAAACAGACCCUUCAGUCCAAUUCGUCUGUCCAGACCAGAUAUCCUGAACUGAUCUCGUACUGUUUGCCAGCCUUUGGCCAUAUCCCUCCAAACCCUUACUAUUCAUGUACCCAUCCAAAUGCCUUUUAAAUUAUUAUAAUUAUACCAGCGUCCUCCACUUCAUCUGUCAGCAUGUCUCAUACACCCUUCAACCGCAACAUGAAAAAGUUGCCCCUAUAGGUCUGUGUUAAGUCUUUCCCCCUCUCACCUUAAGCCUAUGCCCUCUAAAUUUUAGAUUCUCCAACCCUGACUUUUCACCUUAUCCAUGCUCCUCAUGAUUUUAUAAACUUUGGUAUCCAAAACUCUGGGAAAAUAGCCCCAGCCUAUCCUGCCUCUAUAGCUCAAACCCAGCGAUCCCAGCAACUUCCUUGUACGUCUUCUCUGAACCCUUUUCAAGUUUAACAACCUCUUUUCUACAGUGGGGAGACCAGUAUUCUAAAGGUGGCCUCAAUGUCCUGCACAGUUGCAACAUGACAUCCCAACUCCUUUUACUCCAAGCACUGACCAAUUAAGGCAUGUGUGCCAAACCUUUCUUAACUACCCUGUUUACCUGUGACUCCGCUUUCAAGGAAUGUUGCACUUGAACCGUAAGGUCUCUUUGUUCAGCAACACCGUUCUGUUUCCAAUUGAUUCUUUAACUUAAAUAAAUUAAGUUUACGAAAGUCAGUCAAACAUGUAAAAAUUGAACUGAACUAAGCUAAGGGUUAGCCUCCAGUAUAUAUUAAUGCAAGGAAUUGAGACUUCAAUCUGAAAGCUCAAACUCAUUGACAGAAAUGUGUAUUUUGGGAGCUGUGUUUGUGCAUAUAAUUGAAGACUGUUUAACAUGCCCACUGCCUUUCUAAUGGUUUUAAAAAGUAUGUUUUCUUGGCAUGUGAACAUUUAUCCAUCCAUAAUUUCCCUGGAGAUGAUAAUACAAAGUUUUCACAUCAAGAGAUCGAACACAGAAGAGAGAUAAGCCUGUUGCGCUAAGCUUAGGGUAAUGAUAUCAAGUCUAAGUUAUCCAUUUGAUUUGCUUAUUGUGAAACGUAAUAAUUUACUGACAUCCAUGGCAUGCAAUGUUCUUUUAUUUCUCUGCAAUAUUCUUAAUAGAUUAAUAUUUUGACUCAAUAAGUAAAGAGUUUGAAAAUGCUGUUGGUACUGAAGAUUAUAUGAGAUAGAAAGUUCUGAAAACAAUUUCCAGGAGGUCUAAUUUUUGCUUUGCACCUAUGGCAAGUGAUUUUCAGUGUUGCUCACGUUAGCAGCAACUUUGAAGACUAGGACUCAUGGAUUCAUGCAAAAAGUGAAGUACAUUUGGAAAUUUUGUUAAUUACAUGACCUGUCAAUGUAUCCUUGAAAUCCACCCUUGUUCUCUGUGUGAAAAGGCAAUUUAUGCGUUUCAUUAUAAGUAUGCGUGUUUAUUCUGGAUUCAUUAUUUAAAUAUGUAACUCCAGUAAAAAGGUACUGCAUAUUUUUACGGGGGAGAAAAGGCAGUUUGAACAUUUCUGUUCUUCUCGUACAAAUUCAGUCAGUUUGAAUAGCUGUCUGAAAAAUAGAAAUGCUUUCACCUUGCUUUUGAGUUUUUAGUUCAGUUCUCGCCUUUUAACUAUCAUUAUGUUCCUUGUCUGAUGUAUUCAUAAAGCCUGUUAAGCGUGCCCAAUGUGUGAACAAAACAACUCAUUACCAUUAGUUUGAAAAUUUCUGUAUUUAAAGGUACACUAAGCCUUUUGCAUGGUGAUUUUUGUUGAUAUAGAUUACAAAUUAUUGUAUGUGGUAGUGAUUUUUAUCUAAAAAUCAGUGUAUUCUGGCCCUGUGCAAGUCCAGGAUCUGGUUAUGUAUUGAUUUGUUAGUGGUUUUAAAUUGACAAUGAGGGGUGAGGUUAGUACUACUUCAAGUUAAUUUACCAUCCAAAAUAGAAGUUUUAUAAGAUUAAAUUGAGACACAUUAAUCCACUUAAUUGUUACCUUGAACAACUUAAAGCCCUGCCUUUAACGUCACAUGUAUACUUUUUUGAAUACAAAUUUCAUCAGAUUCCUGGAUUUAGGUGGGUGUUUGGGAAGUUUAAAAAUGUUGCCUGUUAUUUCAAUGCCCAUUAAAAUAAACUUGCAAGAAUCAUAAUUUGAAAAUUAUAUAGUGUCAUAAAUAAUGCUACGUUUUAUCUAUAAAAUCUAGUUAUUUUUCACAUUUGCAUGUUUUGUACCAUGAUUUCACAUGCUUUGUUUUGUAGAUAUUUGGUGUCAGGUGUUUUCCUGCAUUUCAGUUGUGAAUGAAUAUUGUAACGGGCAAUUUCAGUUAGCUGCCUCUGUUUUUGUGUAAGCCUGGUUUUUGUUCAUGACACUUAUCCACCACACACAAAUUUACUUGAACAAUGUUUAGACUACGGUUGUUCAUCUUGACUGUAAAUGCUUCAAUUCUUAUGUUAAUUGGGUUACCCAUGGACUUUCUCUCACUUGACAAAAACUUUGAGCUGCUGAUAUUAACGUAUGUGUAUCCAAACUGAAGAGCAAUAUCACUGAAAUCAUCUAGUAUUUUGUGUUCUUGGUUUGAGUCAGAAAUUGUUUAGGAAGCAGUACUCUUCGGGUAUCAUAGCCAAGAAAAUUUUACCAAUGUUUCCUAUUACAGUGUUUCCUUAUUUGAUAUAUUGUAUUUUAAUGAGUGUGCAAGAACUAAGGGAAUGAUUGGGAAUGAUUGUUGGUAUACAUUGUACGGUUUCAGACAGGCUCACUUCCUGGAUGACCAGGACUAGCUCAGCCAAUACUAAAACCGCAAACAAUGAUGCCAUGUAGUUCAUCUUAGCAAAUUAAUCUCCUUGAAAAGAUGGUCCAAACUACGCUAAAACUUAUCAUGAUUUUGUUGUAAAUCCGAAUGUUCUGUCAUCUUAAACAUAGUAGUGAUUGUAUUCAGGUGCCCUUCCUUUUGGCGGAGUUGAGAGUUUGAUUCUCCUUUUUUCUAUAAACCUAUAGGCCUACACUGAUAUAUGUUGCUUUGAAGAUGAUCUGUUUUGUAUGUUCAGAUUUCUGAGUUCAGUGUCCCUGUUUAAGUGUUUUUUAAAAAAAAGUAAAUUGAAGUGGUUCAGGAGAAAAAAAGGGUAUAGUUCAGACUUUGUUAUGAGAGAGUUUAAAACUUCCUUUUGUUCCAUUUAUCUCAAGCAUGUCAUAGAGUUGUAUGAUAAAAAUGUGUAUAUACAAUGAGAUGUUCGUCUUUUUCCUCAGAUUAAGUGUCUGCUACAAGAUGGCAGGAAACCUUUAGAAUGAAGGGAACAUUGUGGAUUUCUUUUUUUCUGUUUUUCUGUUUUGGAGUGCCUGUAGGUGCAUAAUUAAAAACCAAAGUUAUUCAAACAUGCACAGUUCCUAAAAUUGUUGCCAGUGUGUGUAAGCUGCUAUAUAGGGUAUGCCGUCUAAGUUCAAACUAUAAAUGCAGUCUUCCUUGCAAUCCUAAUUUGGUGAGAACCCAUAAUUUCUACACUAUUAAUCUUACUGUGGGGGGUGGGGAAACUUUGGAAGCAGCACUUUUUGAAUGAGUGGUUACUCAAUUGUUAAUGGCCUACUGAAUUAAUAAUUACUGCAAUACAUCCUUACUGCUGCCCAUGAAUUUUUGUAUUUGGUGAAAUUCAGUUUUCUCUACAAUAAUGAUUUUAAGAUCUAUAUUUCAAAAUCAUUUUUGUUUAUUUUAAUUUUGACUUAUUUCUUAAAUCAGCCAAACAUUUGUUUUGCUUUCUGAUAAUUGAAAAAUGAAGCAUGAUGAAUUUUAAAAUUCACUGUUCCUGGCUGGACCGGCACUGACUGCACAUCCCUAGUUAGCUUUUUGAGAAGAUGGUGAUGAGCAUUUUUUGAUUAUUUACCUCUACACUUGCUGACAUCAUUUCUGCUGCCAGCCAGCCAAGGCGCAAGAUCUUUUGGCCUAUUGUUCAAAUAGACUGAUUUUGUUCUGAAUAGUGUUAACAUUCCUGAGUGUUCUUGCAGCUGCAUCUAUCCAUGUAGAUAAAGAGCAUUGCAUCACAUCUGAUUGGUGCCAUGUAGAAAGUGGUCAGAAAUUAUUGGGCCAAGGGCCUGUUUCCACACUGUAGGAAUUCUAACAUGAGUUCCUCCCAGCAGGUUCCCACAUUCUCCCUUAUAACCAUAGUAUUUAUGUUGCUGUUCCAGUUAAGUUUCUGGUUCAUAGUAGCCCCCAUUGUUGAUGGGGGAUACAGAUGAUGAGUAUCAAGAGAGAUGGUUAAGAUGUCGUCUUUUUGGAGAUGAUCAUUGCCUACACUUGUGCGGCAUUAAUGUUACUGACCACUUACCAGCUGAAGUUUAGGCGUUGCUCAUGUCUUGUUACUACUGGCAAGACUACUUUAGUACCAGAUGAAUAAUGACUGAUACUGACACUGUAUAAUCAUCAUCAAACAUUUCUACUUCUGAUCUUAUGUCUGUAAGAAGGUUAUUGAGCUUAAGACAGAGCCUUAAAGAACUCCUACACUGAAGUCCAGAGGCUGAAAUAAUUGGUCUCUUGUGCUGGAGAGACCGAGUCCAUAUGAUCUGCUAACCAUUCUCUAAUGAUGCUUUGCCACCUUCAAAGACUGAUUCAGCCUCAACCCAAACACCCAGAUCCCUUAGCUCUAGCACACUUAUUAAAACUGUCAUUAUGUCUGUAUUGCCAAUCCCCAUUACUUUGCCAAAACGUAUCGCCUCCUUUCAAAGAAUUAAGUUUCAUUUGAGAAGUUUCUCUCCAUUUUCUUAACUUAUCUAGUUUCUGUUUGCAGGCAUUUUGUAUCAUCCUCACUGUUGGCUCCUGCAGGUUCCUUACACAAACCCUAUAGGAACCCUACUGACUACCACUUAUGCUGCAAUUUCUCCAAAUGUAUCCCUUCCAAGAUGUAAUACAAACAACUUGAUACCGUGUAUCAGAUGUGAUGUUAUUCACUGUUACAUGACUAGUAACAGCCUCUACAUAUGACGGCACCCAUUUCGCAAGCCUUAUUCAUUUAUCUGCACCUGUUCAAGACGUUUCAAUGAUGUGGAUAAUGUUGUUCACCCCAACCCCUAACCUCACUGCUGUAAGUUUUUGUCAGUUGCAAAAUAUCCAGAUCUUCUUUAGGUCCAACGUGAGUUUCUUGCCUCUGUUAAAAUCUAUUUAGCGUAAUCUUGCCCCUACCAUCUGCAUGACACAUAUUGUCACCUGUCUUUGUCUUCAGCAAACCUGGAUGUGUGAUACUCAGUCCUCCUAUUCAAGAUGCCAUUAGACACAGGAUGGUUAAAGACCUUUGAGCGGCACGGUGGUUCAGUGGUUAGCACUGCAGCCCCUCAGUGCCAGGGACCCGGGUUCGAUUCCCGCCUUGGUCUGUGUGGAGUUUGCACAUUCUCCCCAUGUCUGCGUGGGUUUCCUCCGGUGCUCCGGUUUUCUCCCACAGUCCAAAGAUGUGCAGGCUAGGUGGAUUGGCCAUGCUAAAUUGCCCAUAGUGUUCAGGGGUGUGUGGGUUAUAGGGGAAUGGGUCUGGGUGGGAUGUUUCAUGGGGUGGUGUGGACAUGUUGGGCCGAAGGGCCUGUUUUCACACUGUAAGGGAUCUAAUCUAAUCUAGCAUAGAUUUCUGUGGAUGCAACCAGUCAUAUACUGCCAUUUAGAGUGCCAUAACCCCGAAAUAUAUCUAACUGCUUGUCAAAUGUCAUGACCUAGUUAUCUGCAUUACCCUCAAAUUUGCAACCCACCCUCUGUGCACUAAAAAGGGUCAAUUGAGCUUGUCAAAAGUUCAAUUGACCCUGAAAACACCCACAUCAAAAUAUGCCUGGCAUGGGCAUCUUAAAGAAUAGUUAGCAAAUCCUAUCAGUUUUUGGGCUUUACAACACAAGAGAGAUCGAUUAUUUCAGCCUCUGGGCUUGUGUGUAGGAGUUCUUCAAAGCACUCAAUUUUAAGGCCGCAUGUGAGCAAUGAGGCAAGCAAGGGAGGCUCCUAAUUCAGAGUGCCCUAUGUUCAUGAGGGUGCCACUCAAGAAGCCACCCUAUCCUUCCUUCCAAACCACCAGCCCUACAAAACCUGAUCUCGGUCACCCCAAAUUCACAACGCCUCGCCACUCCCCGUCUAUAAACCUCCAGGACACUAUGAAGUAUUACUGAUCCUCUUUGAGCUGCUUCCUGCAGUGCCUGCUAAUGACCUCUGGCACUACUGGGACUUGGGAAGCUGCCAACAACUAAACACAUUGACAGACAAUCCCCAAAAUCAUGAACUUGUCCCAGUUGAGGUACGGAUUGGACGGUCGACAUUGUUCAAUGUGUUACCGCUACAGGAUCAGUAUCUUUCUGGUCAGGGGAGCAGUCCACCCACACUCAUCCUAUGAUUGUCUGACACUCAUCUGAUUCAAAAUUAUUUACUUUUCCUUGCAUACAGUUUCCUUCCUGUUUUUGUUAAAAGCUACAAAUUAAUUGUUUAACAUGUCUGUCAUUUUCUCAUUUAAUUUUGUCUAUAGCCUGUUGCAACAAAAAAUGAUAGCAUAAAUGGCAUUUGCCAGCGUAAUCCAUGUUAACAGUGGCAAUUAAUUUGGCUCUGAGGAGCACUAAGAUCACAAUGUACUCAGCAUUGUAGGCACAGAAGUCGACCAAAUGUGCACACAGUUAGAUACCCAAAGGUUCUGAGCAGUUGUUGGGAUUUACAAUUACAGCCGGAACAAAACAAUUUAAAACAGUAAGGUAAUCAAUGCUAUAAAUUGGAAAUCACUCCAUAUUUUUAAAUAAUCAAUUUAUUCAUGAAUGUUGAGAUUUGACAUUGUCUGAAAAGAGUCAUUUGAAUGAUGAGGCUAGUGGUGUGAAAUUAGACAGUUUUAGUGGGAUAAAGUGAAUUAUAGUUAGGCCUAAAAGUUAUCUGAAAGUGUUUAUCUUGCAUCCAUUAUGACAAGUUGCAAUAUUUCUGAAGUUAAGUCGUAGUUUUAUUCACUGUUAUUUUUCACUUUGUGCAAAUUUUGGCAUUUGCCUUAUUGUUUGUUUUAACAGUUUUGGUAGGCAAGUUUUAACUACCAUGGGAGAAUUAAUUGCAAUGCAGUAGAAAUGUCAGCUGCUGGCUCAGCAUCAGUAUUGGUACUACGAAUUAUAGCCUAAACUGAUUUGUUUCGGGAGUUGCUGCACCCCUUUACCUUUGAGUUAGUCAGCAGAGUGUCACUGCACUUGAAUGCUUAAUAACCAGAUAGCUUCUAACUGUUGAACUACUUUAUGGGAUUGUAUUCAUUAUUCAAGUAUGAAACUGCAACUUCUCAAUUAGAUUGAAAGAAGUAAUUAACUUGUGUUUUCAAAACCCAUUCUUCCUAAGAGUGUGGGGGAAUUUAUUUUUUUGAGACUUUUUUGGUGAAAGUGAACUAAGGGGGAGAUUUCAAGAUUUUGUUUUCAAAUGAGGUGAGGAUUAAUUUGUACAGCACGGAAUGAUGCUAUAUUCAGCUCGUCACGUUUGUGGCAGAAAGUUUUUUUUUAAAAAAUAACAGGGGACAGAAAAAAAAUGAUUUGCUGAGUAGUUCUGAUCUUGAAUGUAUUACCUGAAAAGUGGCAGUGGAGACAGUAGCAAUAUCAAAAGUGAAUCAAAACUUGAAAUGUGAAACUUCUGUUGUAGUAUGGGGUGAGAGAUGUGGGGUGUUGAACUAAUUAGGUAGCUCUUGCAAAGGAAUAACAUUGACAUAGUGGGCCAGGUAGCAUGUUGUGCUGUUCCAUUCUGAUUCUAGAAAAUGAACUCUUUAAGGUAAGAAUAUUUCACGACAAAAUAAAUGUUGUGCCCUUUUAAUUCAUGAGUACAAACAUUGUCAUCUUGUUCAUUUGCCACAGUUGUAUACUUUCUAUUCAUUCAAGGGAUAUCAGCAUUGCCCAACCCUAGUUGCAAUUGACAAGGUGGUGGUGAGCUGUCUUCUUGAAAUGUUGCAGUCCGAUUAAUGUAAGUAGCCCCACAUUGCAAUUAGGUUAGGGCAGUCCAGGAUAUUGACCUAGCCCCAUGGUAAGAAAAGCGAUCUGUUGCCAAGUCGGAAUGGGGAAUACCUUCAAUAGGAAGUUGAAGCUGGUGAUGUUCCCAUGCACUUGAUGCUUUUGCCCUUCUAUACGGUGGUGGUUGCAGCAUUGGAAGGUGCUGUGUAAGGACCCUUAGUUGAAUCUCUCCAGUGCAUCUUGUAGAUGGUGUGCACUGCUUCUACUGAGUCAGAAGUCACAACACCAGGUUAUAGCCCAACAGGAUGACGGUUACGUUUUCUGUUGUUUGGGAUGUUAAUUACCUGGUACUUAUGUCGUAUUUAUUAGCCCAAACCUGGAUGUUGUCUAAAUCUUGUUGCACUUCGACAUCUACUGUUUCAAAAGCUGAGUAGUGAGUGGUGGUGAACAGCGUGCAGUUGUAAACCAUCAUCCUCCCUUCUGACAAUAAACUGAAGACUAAAUCAUUGAAGGAGUUGAAAAUGCUUGGUCCCAGGAUAAUGCCCUGAGGAACUCCUGCAGAGAUGUCCUUGAUUUGAGAUAACUGACCUCCAACAACUGCUGCCACCUUUUUUUUUGUACCAGUUAUGACUCCAGUCAGUGAUGAGUUUCUCCCAAUUCCCAUUUAGUCUUGGUUUAGAACACUUUAUUGACAUACUUGGCCUUGACACCAGGCUGUAUUUGAUCAGUCAUCUAACCACACCUCAAGUGUUGAUUGAUAGCACUGAUGCCUUCCAUCGCUUUUACUGAUGAUAGAGAGUUGACUGACAAGGCAGUAAUUGGCUGGGUUGGAUGUGUCCUUUUUGACGAACCUGGGCAAGCUUCCAUGUUAGGUGAGUACAGCAUUCUGCUGUAGAGGAACAGUUUGGAGGCACGGCAGGUUUCAGAGCAUUCACCUUCAAUUUUACCAAAAUGUUGCCAGACCCCAUAAUCUUUGCAGACCAGUUACUCUAGCCACUAUUUGAUAUCAUGUGGAGUGAAUCAAAUUGACUGAAGAUUGACAUCUGUGAUUCUGGGGACUCACGGAGGAGGCCAAGAUGGAUGAUCCAUUUCGCUCAUCUAGCUGAACGUUGUUUCAGAAGCUUCCACCUUAUCUCUUGCAGUGAUCUGUUAGACUGCCCAUCGUUGAGGAUGGGAUAUUUAUGGGCCGUCCACCCCCAAUGAGUAUUUCAAUUGUUCACCAUUCACAGCAGAAUGUAGCAGGACUGCAGAUCUUGGAUCCAAUCUGUUGGUUGUGGAGUUUCUUAACCCUGCCAAUCACUUGUAACUUGUGGUGUUUGGCACACAAGCAGCCCUAUUUUAUAGCUUCAUUUUGGGAACUGAUAUUUAGAUCAAUGUGGGUCUGCUCCUGGAGUGCCCUCUACCAAGUCGUCUUUGAACCAGGUAUGAUCCCCUGAUGCAAUGGUAAAGGUAGAGUAGGAGAUAUGCUGUGCCAAGCAAUUGCAUUUGUGAUUAAUUUUUUCUAAUAUUAUUUGAAUGUGUGUUCUCUGCAAUGUUGUUUGAGAGUAAGAAUGAACAAAUUGUGAUGUGUUUUUAGUGACUGUGUAUUUUUAUCUAAUUCAAAUGUGAAGCUGUUGUUUGAUCAAAAUUAGGAAUGAAAUGUUUUGACUGUAUUUCAGAUGGGAGAAAUGGCUGGUGACAUCAAAUUGUGCACAACUAAGUAUCUCCUAGCCAGGAAAGAUAACAAGAAAAUUGAAUUUUGCAUCCUAAUUUUGUUUACUCCAGUGAAGAUCCCUGUUGUGGCCCUUAGAUCAUACUCUAUUUCAGUUUGAAUAUUUUCAUCACCUUUUCCAGUUUUAUUUCUAGGUGUGAAUAUGCUUUUGUAGUGUGGUUGAGAUAUGUUUAAAAAUAAUUAAAUGUUUGAUUUCUUAUUUAGACAAGAGCUGUAACAACUAUAAUGACCCAAAGAGUUUGUUGCACUAAAUCAAAAGAAAAAUGUUCAUUUAUACACAACAUGCUUCAAAACCAAUGAAUUACUUUUGAAGUGCAGCCACUUGUUACUCAGCCAGAUGUGACAGGCAAUGUAUGUGAGAUAAGGUCACAAAAGAGCAAAUGCAGAGAACAUCCAGUUAAAUUUGUUUUUGGUGGUAUUGAGUGACACAGGAGAGCUUGUUGUUCUUGAGAUCUUUUCUAUUCACCAGAACCACUGGAACAGACAGACACUCAGCAUCAUGUUUUAAAUCUCAUUGAAAACAGUGUCAGCUCUGAUUACAUGUUCAUGACUUGAAGUAUACUCUUAAAAACACUGCCUUCAGAUCUGGGAGGAAAGAAAUACAACUAAGUGGACUUAGCAGACGCUUGUCUGGUAAUCUAUUCACUGUGUUAAAUGUUCCCAUGAAUCACAAUUUUUCUGUGUGCAGGAAACAAAAUAAGGCCAAGUUUGUGUAGAAGUGCCUAUCCUUUGUAUUUGUAGAUUUGAAAACGCAAUACUCAUAAAAUGGCACAUCAACACGUGUGGUUCGACUCGUGUUUACAUUGGUAAAAGCCAAUUGUUUGGGAAUGCAGAAUUGAUGACCAUUUUGGGACCAGUUUUGUAUUCUGAGACGUAAUUUGUGUUCCUAUCAGAGGUUAUCCGUGAAAUGACGACUUUAUUUGUGUGUAGAGAGAAUGUUUUAAAAUCCUAAUAUAUCCAUAAACAAAGCCAUUUCAGGUAGCUCAUAAUUUUUAUAUACCUUUCAAUCCUCUUUGCAUCUGUAGCAUACUUUAUUUCAUGUCAUUAAAAAUCUCUAGAAAUGUAAGUAGCAAUGAAACAUCAGUUUUUGGUGUAUUUCGUAAGUGAAAAAUACCAUCCUACUGGUUGUCUUAAGCAACUGAAUAAUAUUUAUGAUUUCAGUGCCAAAUGAAUAUAGCAACUUGGGAGUAUAUCUUCCGUACACUUAAUAAUCUUGGGCACUGUUGCCAUAGGUAGCCCCAAAAUUGUACAUUCAUUAAAAUUAAAAUGAUUAGAUCUAUGUUUUGAAGGUAUGGUUAGCAAUUUUUAACACAUGGGCAAAAAUUGGUUUGUGUUUCUGAUAUCAAAAUGCAUGGGAUUUGAUAUUUUUGGGGCAUGGAUUGAAGGAACAAAUUUAAAAAUCUGGUAUGGCAUUUGUUUUCCUCACUGUCACUUUCCCAGCCGAAUAACAGCCACACUGAGCAUGCAGACCCAUACAAGAUUAUUUAAAAUACAAACACUUAUUUGUGAAUCCUCUGCUUCCUGCUGAACUCAAUGAUAUACAAUCUGUCAGAUCUUCACAAAUGCUUUUGCAGCAUGAGUAUGAAUUGUUUCAUACCGCUUGGUUACUGGCAUGUUAUUGUAAGGAAAGAAUAAUACAGAUGACUAGAGCUCUGAAAUUCACAGAUACAAUUUUAGUUCAUUCUUGUUUCCAAAAAAGUUUAGAUUUUUGCUGUACUUCUGUCCCUGAGCAGAAUUAUGGGAAAGUCAGCCUUGUACCCAGUUUUGUAUGGUAAUUACAUUGUGUACUGAUGAAAACUAAAUUAACAUAGUUUUGUCAAAGCAUAUGCCAUUUUGGAGUGCUCUUUUCUAGAAGCAUUUAACCAACAGUAAAAUGUGUUCAUAAAUAUUCAAAAAUCGGAAAUUACAAGGAAUCUUUUGCAAUAUCUGACUUUUUGUGGUUAUUGUGUUAAUUUUACCAACUGAAUUGUAGCAGCAGGAUGUUGUUGCAGUUGAAUAUUUGUUGUACCUCACCACCAGUUGGGAUUUGUAAAGAAUAUACUGUACAUGGAGUUUGUUAAAAUAUGACUAAUAUAAAUGUUAAUGCAGGUCUUCCAGUGUAGUAGGCACUGAAAUCUAUACUGUGAGAUUGUGUUUCAUUUCUCAUGAUUGUAUAUGUUUGUCUGUUAUCACUGUAAAUAGUGGGGGCAAAAAAUGGAGACACAUUGACUGAAACAGCUAUUGUGUGGAAUAAAUAAAUUGUUGAACUUUUCGCUA